ACUGGAAUAAGAGACUAGAGCACAUUCAAACACGCUAUACAGGGAUCUAGUGUGCUCUUCACGGGAGGAAGUUUACGUUUAAAACCUAAAAUCUCCGUUUGACACUAAACAACAUCAGAGGACAGGAAGACUGCGUGCAAUUGGAUAUAUAGUGGAAUAUAUUUGUUAUUUUGUUGGAAAACUGGGAUUUGGGGGACCGAACUCAUGGAUGGAUGAGAGAAGCUCCCCUGCUGAUUUAAGAGAGAGAGGAGCUUACAGCUGAGCUUCACACUGAAGGCUUUGCUGCUGGAGCUGCAGGAGCCAUGAAUAGGACACUAACAGAUCCUAUGGUCAGUAGCUUCAGAGAAGAUGACCCACGUCCACCGGUCCCAGGGGAAGAGGGUGAGACAACAUGCCACCAUCCCAGCAAACUGGCCAUGAUGAGACCGAAGGAUCCUGUGAAAACCAUUAUGGCUGAUCUUCGCUGUUCCACAGCAAGGAGGGAUGAUGAUGGACUUGGGGAACCUGAGGGCAGUGCAUCCCCGGACUCCCCUCUUGCCCGGUGGACCAAAUCUUUGCAUUUCCUUCUUGGGGAUCAGGACGGUGCUCAACUUUUCCGGGCAUAUCUUGAACGCGAGAAAUGCGAGGACACUUUAGAUUUCUGGUUCGCCUGCAAUGGUUUCAGGCAAAUGGACCUCAAGGAUGCCAAAACACACAGAGUUGCCAAAGCCAUUUACAAGCGGUAUAUUGAGAACAACAGCGUUGUGGCCAAGCAGCUUAAACCUGCUACUAAGACCUUUAUUAGGGAUAAUAUUAAGCGUCAGCAGAUUGACUCUGCAAUGUUUGAUCAGGCUCAAAUGGAGAUCCAGACUUCUAUGGAGGAGAACGCCUAUCAGAUGUUCUUGACCUCAGACAUAUACCUUGAGUAUGUCAGAACCGGGUGCGAGAACGGCAGUCAUAUGAAUCCCAACGGACUAGGAGGUCUAAAGCUGGUGUGCGGAUACUUGCCGACUCUAAAUGAAGAGGAAGAAUGGAGUUGUAAUGACUUUAAAGCCAAAGCUUUGGCCACUGUCGUGGGACUGUCUGCCAAAGCGUUACGGUCACCUCCAUCCCUUCGUGCAGUGGAAGCAUUGGAGAAGGGCUACAGGUCCUACAGACGCAGCGACCCUGGAAACCCCUAUCGUGUUGCAUCCGGUUAUAGUUUUGCCCCUGCCACCAGUGCCAACGACAGCGAGGUCUCCAGUGAUGCCCUGACAGAUGACUCGAUGUCCAUGACGGACAGUAGUGUAGAUGCCAUCCCUCCAUACAAGCUGGGAAGUAAAAAACAAUUACAACGAGAGAUGCAGCGCAACAUGAGGAUGAAUGGCCAAGUGUCUCUACCUCCGUUCCCUAGGACGCGGCGGCCACCUAAGGAGAUGACUCCCGUGGAGCCAGCAGCCUUUGCGGCACAGCUGAUAGCCAGACUGGAGCGUCUGAAGCGGGAACAGGAAACCAUGAGCUCCCUAGAGGAGAGACUUCAGCAGAUUCAGGAGGAGGAGGAGAAGGAUGAAUCUGAGGUGUCUGGAAGCAGUGCAUGCCACUCUCUGCCUUUGCUCCCUCCUGGCUCUUGUGAGGAGGACCCCCAGGCCAUCCUGGACGAACACCUUUCCCGAGUUCUCAAGACCCCUGGCUGUCAGUCUCCAGGAAUGCUUCGGCAUUCCCCACGCUCCCGAUCUCCUGAACAGCACCCCCUGCCUCGGGGAGGUCCUGGCACCAGGUCGCAGUCUGGCUCUGGGAACGGAUACGUGCCAUCCAAGACCUUGAUCUCCAGACAGUCAACCAAGCACAUCUAUCACCACUACAUCCAUCACCAUGCUGAGCCCAAAAGCAAGGAGCAGAUCGAGGCGGAGGCGACCCAGCGGGUGCAGUGCCUGUGCCAUGGAGCUUCAGAAAGCUGCUCUGCACCCUACAACCGCAGCCGGAGUCUGGGCAGAGACCAGUGUGGCAGCCCUGCAGAAGUGACCUUUGGGCAUUCCAGCUCUUUAUCUAAGCGUCUGUGUAAAUCUGGAGAGGAGGUGAACACAGAAGGGUUGGAGAGCAGUCUCCUUCAGCUGCCAGCUGACAGUACAGAUCGCUCUCAAAACGUAUGGCAGUGGAUCCUGGAGAGCGACCGACAGACCAAGCACAAGCCCCACAGCACUCAAAAUGUAAAGAAGUCGCACUGUUUGGAACCCACACGCACACACACCUGGGGAGGUGGCGGAAGCAGUGCGCAUCUCCGUGCCCACCAACCUGCACACCCCUUUGUUCAGGACCCUGCCAUGCCACCUCUACCCCCUCCCAACACCCUAGCACAGCUGGAAGAGGCCCGCAGACGUCUGGAAGAAGUUUCCAAACCCUCUAAACAGAGACAUUCAACAUCAAGCCUUCAGAGAGACAAGAGUCACCCAGUGCCUGUACAGAAUGGCAGUUCAGCACUUCAAACGGACGAACCGAAAGAUCUCAAGAAGAUGUCAGGUUCCCACAGUAGUUUGGGCUCGGAGACAGUGGUCACAUACUUCUUUUGCGGUGAGGAAAUCCCGUACCGCCGGAUGAUGAAAACACACAGCCUCACACUCGGACACUUCAAGGAGCAACUGCGGAAAAAAGGAAACUACAGGUACUACUUCAAAAAGGCCAGUGAUGAGUUUGAGUGCGGUGCUGUGUUUGAGGAGGUCUGGGACGACUGCACAGUUCUGCCUAUGUAUGAGGGCAAAAUCCUCGGCAAAGUGGAGAGAAUGGACUAAAUAAACACGACAGCGGACUUACCCAGCACUCAAGACUAAGUCAACGAGCGGAAAAUGGACGUUUUAUGCAGCUAAAAAAAGUUUAGACGUUUGCCUCACCAAGCUAUUGAAGGAAUACUAGCCAAUGAAGUACAGAGGGAUCUGAACCAGCAAUGCAUCAUAAGAAAUUGUUCCUUUAAUUUGGAACGCUAAGAGAGAUGUUAUGACCAAUGAAGACGCAAUCAUCCACUUAUUUGUUUGGACUACAACACGCCAACG